CACAGACACACACAGACUCACACACAGACUCACACACACAGACUCACACACAGACACACACACACACACACACACUCGCGUGCUUCCCUAUCACAUAUAGAGACAGGCUCCCACAGGCACGGAUGUAGAGGUAACUCUCCCAGAGAGGGCAGUGACUGGCCUGACCCUUUGUGGCCAAGGAUGAAUGAUGAUCCAUAAACUCAAAUGUGAUACUCCUCCUUUACUGGAAAUGAAUUUGGCUCGAAUCCACGACAAGCACAAGCUAAAAAACUUCUGGGAGCAGAAGAUUGAAAAUCACAGUCAGAUGAUGGGGGAUGAGGAUCUGAGAAUGAAAAGAAGUGCUUUAUCAAAGUUACGGGAAGAGUGGUUCCAGAGGCUGAAGAUCCGGAACCAGCACCUGGAGGUUGUCCACGAGGAGCGGGUCGAACAGGCCCAGAGGAUUCACCGUGGUCUGGGGACGUAGACCCCUUCCACCUCCGGCCACAUCCAAUCUUUACACUCAAAAAGCAUUUCUACACUGUAAGAAAAAAAAAUCACAAUGUUGUUGUGAAAAAGAUAAACGUUUCGAAAAUAUAAUGGACGACUCUCCAAUGUGACUCAUACUAAGGUGAAUAAAGUUUGUAUCUGUGUAUCCCAAGGGAAUGGAAAGGUUAGCCUUAAACUUGCUCACGUCAUGUGUGCAGACAUGAAAGUUGGUUCAUACCUGACAGAGGUUCUCCAGUCAAGGUGAUACUGUUGACUCUAAUAGGUGUUAUUGAUGGCAUGAGUGUCCUUGAUGUUUGAUGUGAGAGAUUAGUAUCUUGAAGGAGCAGCCUUGUAGAUAGUACAUGCCAGAAAAAGAAGCCUUUGCUCAGCAAUCUUUCCAACACAUCACCCACUGACCCCCCUGGGUAUUAAUUUGUUUGAGUAGGCCAGUAGAAACAGUUAUUACUGGAUAUUAACUCAUUCAUCUGCACAACAGUCUUCCAAACACACACACACACAGUGUAUCAAGACCAUUAUAGUCAUUGUAUAUUAAUAUAAACAUUCACAUUGUUUAUGUUGAGAACAGCUGUCACCACAGUAGAUCCCUGAUGUAACCACUGUUACUAUGGACACUGUGCCAACAAUUCAUCAACAUCUCAAACAGCCUUGACAGGCGUAUGGACAAGAGAAGAACAAAAAAGAAAGCCAUAAAGUAAGUUUGGGAGGGGAAAAGGUGUGAGAG